UAGAGGUCAGUGGGAUCCCUUCUAAUAGCUACUGCAGCACUGCCUUUCAGAUAACUGCACCUCGCCACUGUGAAACACAACCUCGACCCUUUGCCAUUUACGCUCUUGCAGAACAGUCAUGCAAGCUCAGGAGGUUCUUAGACAGCUGCGGAUUCCCGAGCUAGAUGACUUCCGACAGUAUGUCCGAGGCUUCCCCACAAAUGCCCUUAUGGGUAUGGGAGCCUUUGCUGCCAUCACCACCUACUGGUUUGCCUCCCGGCCGAAAGCCCUGAAACCGCCCUGUGAUCUCGGACUGCAGUCAUUGGAAAUACCGGGGGGAGAGCGUGCCAGAAGGUCAGUACUAAAUGAGAGCGACAGUGAGUUUGUCACAUAUUACUACAGUGAUGCACAAACGAUAUACCAGGUGUUCCAGCGAGGACUCAGAGUGUCAAAUAAUGGACCUUGCCUUGGGUCAAGGAAACCAAACCAGCCGUAUGAGUGGCAGUCAUAUCAAGAGGUGGCGGAUAGAGCAGAGAACAUUGGCUCCGCCCUUCUUCACAGAGGUCACUUCCACACGGGCGACAAGUUUGUCGGCAUCUUUUCACAAAACAGACCUGAAUGGACGAUUUCAGAGCUGGCCUGUUACACAUACAACUUGGUGGUCGUCCCUCUAUACGACACGCUCGGCAAGGAGGCCAUCGGCUACAUCAUCGACAAAGCCACCAUCUCAACAGUGAUAUGUGACGUACCUGAGAAGGCUCAGAUGAUUCUGGACUGCAUCAGCGGGCAGGGGAAGUCAGUGAAAACCAUCGUUCUAAUGGAAGCUUUUGACAAGGAUCUGGUGAGCCGAGGAACAGAGAGCGGGGUGGAGAUCCUCAGUCUGAAGGAGUUCGAGGCCAUUGGCAAAGCUAAUCAUCAGAAACCAACACCUCCCAAACCAGAUGAUCUGGCAAUCAUCUGCUUUACAUCUGGAACCACAGGAUUUCCGAAAGGGGCAAUGCUCACUCAUGGAAAUGUCGUCUCCAACACAGCAGCGUUCAUUAAAGUAACGGAGAUACACUGCAUGCUGAGCGUCCAUGACAUUCAUGUAUCCUAUCUCCCCCUAGCUCACAUGUUUGAACGGGUUGUGCAGGGUGUGAUCCUUAUCCACGGAGCACGGAUAGGCUACUUCCAAGGGGACAUCCGACUCCUUAUGGAUGAUCUGAAAACUCUGCAGCCAACGGUCUUCCCCGUCGUUCCCCGUCUCCUCAACCGUAUGUUUGACAAGGUUUUCAGCCAGGCCAACACACCUCUGAGAAGAUGGCUGCUGGAUUUUGCGUUUAGAAGGAAGGAAGCAGAGCUGAAAAAUGGAGUGAUGAGAAAGGACAGCAUGUGGGAUAAACUCAUCUUCAAAAAAGUACAGCUGAGCCUGGGCGGUCGGGUGAGACUGGUGAUCACCGGAGCAGCCCCCGUAUCUCCAACCAUUCUGACUUUCCUAAGAGCUGCUCUCGGUUGUCAGUUCUAUGAAGGCUACGGUCAGACGGAAUGCACAGCUGGUUGCACCAUGUCCAUGCCUGGCGACUGGUCAGCAGGUCACGUCGGGCCUCCUCUGCCAUGCAAUGCAGUAAAACUGGUGGAUGUGGCAGAAAUGAACUACCUGGCAGCCAACGGAGAAGGAGAGGUUUGUGUGAAAGGACCAAAUGUAUUCAAGGGAUACUUGAAUGACCCUGAGAGAACAGCAGAGGCAAUAGACAAGGAUGGAUGGCUGCACACUGGAGACAUUGGGAAAUGGCUCCCAAAUGGCAUUCUGAAGAUCGUUGACAGGAAGAAACACAUUUUCAAGCUGGCACAAGGAGAGUACAUCGCCCCGGAGAAAAUAGAGACCGUUUAUAAUCGAAGCGAUCCAGUGGCUCAGAUAUUUGUUCAUGGAGACAGCUUAAAGGCAUGCUUGGUGGGGAUCGUGGUACCAGAUCCAGACUUUUUACCAAUGUGGGCCAAGAGAAAAGGAUUUGAAGGAUCCUACCUCGACCUGUGCAGUAACAAGGAUGUAAAGGCGGCUAUUCUGGAGGACAUCCUGGUUUUGGGGAAAGAAGCUGGACUAAAGUCGUUUGAACAAGUGAGAGAUAUUGCAUUACAUCCUGAGAUGUUUACUGUCCAAAACGGUCUGCUGACUCCCACCCUGAAGGCCAAGAGGAACGAACUCCGGAAUCACUUCAGAGAGCAGAUUGAUGAACUUUAUGCCAAAAUCAAAAUGUGAGCUGGAACUGAGAAUCCACCACAGCAUGGCCUCCCAACAAACCAAAUCAUUUCUGCAGAAGAUUCAAGCUAUUUCGUAGAAGGUAUUUUAAACAAAUUGUACAGGGGCUCAAGAAAAAAAAAAUCGCAAAGAGAAAAAUUGAGCUUCUCAUAAUUUCACUGCCAUUUGAUCUCUUUAUGAUCAGAACAUUCAGGCUCCAGUAUUUUUAUAGAAACUUUAAUUCCAGAAAUAAUAUUCGAACUAAAAAAAAACCUCUAUUACAUCAACUCAACUAUUUAUACGCCAAGCUAUUUAUAAGUUGGUAUUUAAUAUCAUCAAGUCUGUAAAUAGUUUAUUUGCUUGAAAACUGUAUUUGUAUGGAGAACAGCAUGUCUGAGACUCUAGCUAUAAUCUACUGCAUUCCUGUCUGUCUUGUUGAAGAGCUCUUUAAAAUGUAUAAAGCGAGGUUUAGUCAAGAGUGUUUGGGUUCAGGUGCCUUUGCUUUGUGUUUUUGUAAAGUGCAUGUAAAAUGUUUAAUAUAUCUGUAGAGUAAAAGCAAAGACUUCUUUGAAGAAGACGUGGCUGACGUUUGUAGCUCUAAGUUGAUGCAGUGAACAAACAAAACCCAGAGAAAAAAGGCUUUGGUUUUAAACAUCACCAGGAAUACUAAUUAGACCCAUUAAUCACAGAUUUCUAGUUUUAAUACAGCCUUGACCAGCAGAUGUAUGUUAUUAGAAGCUACAACAUAAGAAGAGUAAUGAAAAUGAAACUUUUUUUAGAAGCUGAAGUGAUUUUAAAUCCCCUUUAUAAAAAGGGAUCCCUGAAAAACAAAGCUUUAAUUGAACUUUUUUUAAUGAAAAACAAGAUAAAUUCUAAGUUUAAAUGCUCCUCCUUAGUGUGUUCCAGUAUUGAUGAGCACAGGGACAAUAAAAACCUUGCUGUGUUUACUACAGAAUGUAACUCCUUACUGCAUCUCUGUGGGGAUUUUCAAAGAGUUGUUACCAUUUCCAAAUCCAACAAUUUCCUUUAAAAAAAAAAGUUUAAAACUGAACAUUUAUGCUGUUAUAUGUUCAGCCUUCCUGUUAUCUGCUAGAAAUCGUGCUUUCUCAGAUGACUCAACAGGUCAAAGACAGCAUUUCCUGUUAUUAAGCUUUUUACACCUCCUUUAAUCACGAUGAUGUCAGUUAAACACCCCAAUGAGACUGAAACAGGUUUUUUUUAUUCUAGUCUUUUCUGCUGCAUCAUUAAAGCAUCUAGAACACUGACUGUUGUCUGGUAGCAUUUGGAUAUGAUGGGACCUACUGAUCUUAAGAUUAAACUUUUGAGUCUCCAGAUCAUCCUGUAAAGAUGAUUUCUGGGAUUUUUAAGUGUUUAAAGCUACAUUUUACAGCAUGAAGUGAAUUCAGCAUGAAUUGGAUGAUGAAACACCAGGUGGUAGCAGGGAUCUUUUCAUUUAGACCCAUAAGUCAUGUGUAAACUAUCAUCUUUGUAAACCACCCUCUGGAAAUCUGUUGUUGGGUUUGAAAACAACUUAGUGUCCCUCCCGGUUCCUGGAUGCUUAAAGUUUUUAUUUACAGUAUAAAGAAACAUAAAACAACUUUAGACGGCACUCUCCAUACAAAUUUAAGUUUGUCUGACCAAGUAAGGUACAUAAAAUGUCACAUUCAAAAUUACUGUAAAAGUGCAUCUCCAUUUAUUUACAAACCAAUUAACUCCAGAAAAGGUUCAUUUCAGCAGUUUCACUGAUAAAUGUUGA